UGGAGUCCGCGAUUCGACCCGGAAAAUUCCGGCGUGACUGAACACGUUUCGAUUUUUCCGCUCGAUUUCCACACGAAAAAAUCCCAUUUUUGAGUGCAGUGAUGGGUGAGUGGGUGGCGAGUGGAAAGUGCAAGGGGUAGGGGGUCAGGUCCCCGCUCGGUGCCACCAUGAGGCUUUGCGAUGGCGAGCCAGUCCGGAUCUUCAAGAAACAAUUAAUCCGGGCCGCUUAGUGUUUUUUCGUGUUGGGUGUUUUUCGGCGGCAGAAAGUGUAGAUUUUUCAUUAAAAGUUGGACGAAGUUUCCUGUCGUAAACCCAAAUUUAAAUUCAAAUUAAUAUCGGCGAUUUUUCGUGACGAGAUGUUCCCAACUUAACGAAGAUGGGCAUUAAAAGCAGGGGAAUCGUCUGGAUUUUAAUUUUCUUCACUUUGAUACUCUCGAGCCAAUGCAACUCAUUUAUGAAAAACGCUAAGAUAAGUCCGAGAAUCGUGCAGACUCGAUAUGGGCGGCUGCAGGGCCUGGUGGUGCCCAUGCAUCGCUAUCUCAAACCCAUCGAGGUCUUCCUGGGUGUGCCAUAUGCCACGCCUCCAGUCCAAUCGAACAGGUUUAGCCCCACGAGGACGCCCAGUCCCUGGGAUGGAGUCCGGGUUUCGGAUAAAAUGGGUCCAGUGUGUCCGCAAAAGCUCCCGAAUAUCAGCAACGAAACCGCAGCGUUGGAGAAGAUGCCUAAAGGGAGGCUGGAGUAUCUGAAACGGCUUCUCCCCUACUUGAAAAACCAGAGCGAAGACUGUCUUUAUUUGAACAUUUAUGCUCCUGCACAAGUUUCCAAUGAAGCUCGUCAUCCUGUGAUAGUCUACAUACAUGGCGAAUCCUUCGAGUGGAACUCGGGCAAUCCUUACGACGGGAGUGUCCUAGCGGCCUAUGCCGACCUCGUGGUAGUCACACUUAACUAUAGGCUAGGAAUCUUAGGUUUUUUAAACGCGAACCCCGCCCCGCACCUGAAAGCCCGCGUGGCCAACUACGGGCUCAUGGACCAGAUCGCCGCCCUUCACUGGAUCCAGCAGAACAUCGCGCUCUUCGGCGGCGACCCCGACAACGUGACCCUCGCCGGUCACGGCUCCGGUGCUGCUUGUAUCAACUUCCUCAUGAUUUCGCCCACAGUCAUGCCUGGACUUUUCCACCGCGCAAUCCUCCUCUCCGGCUCCGCUUUGUCUUCGUGGGCCCUCGUCGAAGAUCCUGUCAACUACGCCGUGAAGCUUGCCCGAGAAGUCAACUGUAGCAUCCCCGAGGAUGUCGGCAAAGACCACGAAGCUAUCGUUGACUGUCUCCGGGACACUCCUCUUCACGACCUUCUCCAAGCCGACGUUACUCCUCCAUCGUAUCUAAGUGCAUUCGGGCCUUCCGUCGACGGUGUCGUGAUCAAAGCGGACUUUGCCAAGGAGUUGGUGACGUAUUUCAAGCCCUCGGACUUGCAGAGUUUUGUGGGGCCGGUGAAUGCUAAUAUGAAGAGGAGUGAGGCGACGCUAACUCCUCGAGGGAGUAAUCCGUAUGAUCUUUUGUUCGGGGUGGUCACCAGCGAGGCUUUGUGGAGGUUUUCGGCGACGGACAUCCAAGCCGGGUUUGAGGGCGAGAGGAGGGACAAGAUUAUAAGAACUUAUGUGAGAAAUGCGUAUACGUAUCAUUUAAGUGAGAUUUUCUUUACGGUAGUGAACGAGUACACGGAUUGGGAGAGGACGGUUCAACAUCCGAUUAAUACAAGAGACGCAGCAGUGGCGGCGUUGAGUGAUGCACAAUUUGUGGCGCCGCUGGUGCAAACGGGGGAUUUGUUAAGUGCCAAACCGCCGCAACCGGGGCAAGAACCCUCAGGGUCCAAGACUUUCUUCUACGUGUUUGACUAUCAGACGAAAGAUGGGGACUAUCCCCAGCGUAUGGGAACGGUUCACGGCGAGGAGCUUCCCUACUUCUUCGGGGCGCCUCUGGUGGACGGUUUCAACCACUUCCCGAAGAACUACACCCGAUCCGAGUUGGCUUUGGCCGAGGCUGUUAUCAUCUACAUCGCCAAUUUUGCGCGGACGGGUAACCCCAACGAGCAACACAAACAGGAACCCAUCCUUGCUGCUUCGAAAGAACGCAAUCGGUUUCGGUCCAUCGUCUGGGACGAAUACGACUCGGUCCAUCAGAAGUACCUCGAGAUAGGUAUGAAACCCCGGAUGAAGAACCAUUUCCGGGCCCAUCAAUUAAGCGUGUGGCUGCGUCUGAUCCCGGAGUUGCACCGCGCCGGAAUGGAGGACGUCGUGGCCAGACACAAUCUCUUCAGGAAUCACAAUAACGCCGACUUGUACGACGGGGCCGUCCGCCCUGAUCCCUUAUCUCGAGUCAGUUAUUACGACCCCACGAUGGAGCUAUUCCGUCGACGACCCAACUCCAGUCUUUCCGGGUUAGAGUCCCCCACCACAAUGGACACGAUCGUAACAACUUGUGUCAACGUUGUUUCAUCGGGAAAUUUCAACCACCAAACUUACCAGAACCAAAACACCUCGAGUGACACUCUUGCCAGUCUGGAGGCGGCGGGUUACGCCGCCUACAGCACGGCUUUGAGUGUCACCAUUGCUAUUGGUUGCUCCUUGUUGAUUCUCAAUGUGUUGAUUUUCGCCGGAGUGUACUACCAGAGGGACAAGACGCGGAUGGAAGUCAAGUCACUCCAACAGCAACAAAGUCGAAAUCAAGCCACAUUUGAGACCAUUUCCAAGCAUGGGCACUACCAUAUGGGGCAUUCGCAGAGUGCGAAUGUGAUCGUGGACGUCGAGCAAGACACCUCGGCGAUGAUAAUGGCCGCGAAUGCUCAACAUGACAAACAACAUUUGUGCCCCAGCAACAUACAAAUGUGCAACACGUUGAAGGCGCCGCCCCCCAGCCCCAGCGUGAUGAUGCAGAACUGCAUGACCCUCCCGAAGAACGCCUCCAGUUACGGCCAGAACUACAACCCCGGAAGUAUGACCCUCCCCAAGAACUCGACUCUGAUGAACAACACGGCAUGCGUGAUUGCCGAGAUGCAACAGCAGGGGUUGGUGCAGCCUCCAAAUGGCAACGCGACGAUGCCGAUGAGCGUGCCUCGACCGCCGCCGCCCCCGCGGACCAAAAGUCCGCCAGAAAGCCAGCCUUUGUUGGCCAACAACAAAGGGAACAUGCGAGUGCCGCAAGCGGCCAUGAGUGAGAUGCGCGUGUGAUAAUAUCAAGUGCUCUAGUGACCAUUCGUCCGGAUUUUGGCGGGCCUAUUUUGCGGCCUCAUUCCUACGUGUACAGAAGAUUUAUUAUGGAUGUUUCUGUGUAUAAGUGUGUAUUUUUUCAAAUUGUUUCAAAGUCUAUUACGUUGGGGAGAGUGAAUAAAAAGUUUCGAGUUUGGAGGCGCUUUGUUUUUUCAUUCCGACAAGUUGGUCGCCUUUGUGGAAUGAAUAAAUAAAUCGAAUGUUCGAAAUUCGACGCCUAACUCACUUCAGUUUCACGAUAUAAGAAAGCUAAAUUUGAAGUUUGUUUGAAAUCAGUUUGGGACCCGAAUUGUCCCAUGCUAAUUUCCAGCUUUGAAAUUAGCGAAAAAUUGAAGUCAAACAAAAUGUAAUUUGUUUCUUGUUAUUCUAUUCGAAUCUAUAUCAUGUUGAUCAAACCUAUCAUUAGUUAAAUUUCAGUGCUUGUGAAAAUUUUUAAAUUAUUCAGGUUUCUUCCACCGCCACCAGUAUUGCAUUGAAGAUUUCCAUUAUUUCCCCUCGACAAACUUGAAUACAUUUAAAAAUUUCCCUCCCGUAUAAAUUACUGCCAAUUUAGCAAAUUUUAUACUUCGAUCUGAAUGAUGACUUGUGCCAAAGUAUUUUAAUUCUGUGCGCCGAAGUUGUUUUCUGCAAAGUGUUGAACAAAGUGGACAAUCUAUAUAAAAAAAUGUAUAUAAAAAAGUGUAGCCCGUUUCAAACUUCAACGAAAAAAUAAUCUAAUCCUAGUCUAAUUUUAGUAAUUAAACAAUCAGCGAGUUUUAGACAUUGUAUAUACAAACCAAUGCAAGUAUAUAACCAAUUUUUCGGUGAAUUUUGGAACUACUUGUCGGCGAACCGUGCGAGGGCCCGCCUCUCACGUUUCCAAGACUCGUUAAAAGAUGUUUUAAAUAAUGUGACACAUUAAUU